CUCAUCCUCAAGUGUUGCCUCGCUCAUUCUUGACGGAUCCAAUUUGUCGCCAUUCUCGCCAUGUUGCGCACAUCACCUAUACUGAUAGCGGUCUUUCUCGCGUGUGCAUCAAUCGUUUCCGCCGACUUCGAUGAUUUCUACUUCGCCAGCAAUGCGACCCAAUAUAUAUGUCCUGGAAUUGGGUUUGGGUGCAUACCGCCAAUGAUUUGUGCGCAUGAGUCUGUCACCGAUCUGUACUAUUGUUGCAUGCCCGGCGCUACGGAUGCAGUCUGUUGGAAAGGAGCAUCAGCCUGCGAUGGUGGUAGCAGUAAGUUGCCUUCUGGGAGCCAGCAAUCAUGCUCCAGUGGAGACAACGCGUUCUGUUGUUUGAAGUCUCGUGAGGAGUGCACAGCGACUAAAGACCAGAUCAAUGUCUGCUGGUCGACCGUGGACAACCCAGUCGCAAACCUCUCCGACGUGAAAAUGAACGAUACAUUCCGCUCUCUCUCGUCCGCCAAACCCAGCGCAUCCAGCUUCCCGAUCUCCCUCGCGCAACUCCAAGCAACUGCAACCCCUACGAGCUCCCUCCCUCUCUCGCUUUCCGCAUCCUCGCUCUCCAGCGCCACUCCAACCGCCUCUCCAACCGCCUCGGCAACAGCGUCUUCCAUCGUCACUGACCCACCGACUGCCGCCAAAUCAACCGAGGAGAAAGGCAUAUCCGGCGGCGCAAUCGGCGGUAUAGUAGGAGGCGUCGUAGGCGGUCUGGCACUUGUCAGCCUAAUCGGUUUCCUGCUCUUCAGACGCCGCAAAGUCAACUCGAAGGACGGGCAUGCACCAAUCGCCUCUGGAUCGCCAUCUGAGCAUGAAGAGCACGGAAACCCGUACGAGCUGAAUGCGUACCAACAGCAGCACACAGGAUUGGUAGAGACGCCAGUGCCGACGGAGAAAUAUUCAUAUAAUGUGGGUGCUGCAACAACAAGUCCGUAUAGAGAUGUGCCUGAGGUGCAGGGGAGCCCGGUGGGAGGGCAGGGUGUUCAUGAGAUGCAGGGCAGUGCACCGGUGGAGAUGGAUGGAACUGCGCCUGUAAGGAGUGCGUAGUACGAUGACAUGAGAAGGUUUACGUUGGUAGAGUUGAGUAGUUGUAAGCAUGGGGUGUCACUAGGAUUGGGUCUCAUGUAUGAGUGUAUUGUUCUGUAUAUGUACAAGUGUGCCAUCAGAGCUCUAAAGUAGUUGGAGGCAUUAGUCAUGCCUGCAGAGCAGUCAUGUGAUGUGGUCCUAGGCUUACAGUAGUGGAGUUUGAUACCCUUUGCUAAUUCAUGAAGUUUCGC